ACACACAAUAUAAAUAAAUAUCAACUGUCAAUGAUUGAAUGGUACUCUAAACUCUUCUUCAACACUAUUGGACAUUGGUUUCCUAUUUACUUAGUAAUUUCUCAAUAGCAAGCAAUGCAAGUACGUUUAUUCUGUGGUUCUGCUAAAGCCUAAAGUUUAAUAUUUCGAUACAUUAACAGACMAAAAUUUUUGUCUAUUGUAACUUUUGAGACAAAUGUACGUAUGUGCUUGCAAUUGAAAAAAAAAGCCAAUCAUAAAGAAAGUUCGAACAGUAAGUAUGUCUGCUUUUGAGUACUAUGCCAAGAAGAGUGUUACUGAAGAUAGUGUGAACCGUAAACGUAAAAACAAGAAGAAAUUAAAAAAAACUCCUGUUAAAAUUUCUAAAAAUGAAAAAGGCGAUGAGAAUCCAAAAAAAAUCAAGAGCUUUGAUCUGGAUAAAAUUUAUAACUUAAACUUAAAAGAUUCUUCCAAAACUGGUCAAAAAUUGUUGGAAUGGCUAAUACAUCCAAUCAGUAUUAACGAUUUUAUGAGGGAUCAUUGGGAAAAAGCCAUCUUGCAUKUGCCAAGAAACAGUUCUGAUUACUUUUCACAAUUGUUCUCUCUAACUGAACUUGAUACCAUUCUUCGUGAAAAUAACCUUCAGUAUGGAACAAAUGUAGAUAUCACGUCUUAUACAGACAAUAUUCGCGAAACACAUAAUCCAGUUGGCCGAGCUCAACCUCAUGUUGUGUGGGAUUAUUACACCAAUGGAUGUAGUGUCCGGUUACUGAAUCCUCAGCUAUUUGCCCCAGAAAUUUAUAAAUUCAUGGCUAAUUUACAAGAAUAUUUUGGCUCAUUAGUUGGUUGUAAUGUUUACCUUACACCACCAUUUUCUCAAGGUUUUGCUCCUCACUACGAUGAUAUUGAAGCAUUUGUUGUGCAAGUGGAUGGUGAAAAACAUUGGAGGGUUUAUAAACCAAGAAGUGAAUUUGAAACCCUGCCAAGGAYUUCAAGCCGAAAUUUUCAUCCAGAUGAAAUAGGUGAACCAAUUCUUGAUGUAAUAUUAAGACCUGGAGAUUUUUUAUACAUGCCAAGAGGAUACAUUCAUCAAGCUGAUACUUUAUUUACAGAAACACAUUCUUUACAUUUGACAUUUUCAUCAUAUCAACAAAAUUCUAUAUAUGAUUUUCUCAAAGUGGUGGUUAAUAAUUCUUUAACUAAUGCUGAGAAGAAUGAUGUAUCCUAUAGAUCUGGAUUGCCUGUUGGAUACCAACAUUUUGGAGGCUUAUGUGAAUCAGAAAAAUCACUUCCAAAAACUGUUCUAAGGCAACAGUUCGAAAAUAAAAUCAAACAAUUAUUAACAAAUUUAAAAAAUCACAUGAAUCUUGAUCAUGAUAUUGACAUGUUUUCAUUGAAAAAUUAUUACACAAAUUCAUUGCCGCCAUCAAUAUGUAAUGGUAAGUUACAUAUUAUUAGAAGUUAAAAAUAAAUAACAUUAAUA